GAGAGAAGGGGAAGAAGAUGAGAUCUAAAGCAGCGCUGAAAUAUGCAGCUACCAAAUUAUAUGACAAGGGUGUGUUGUACACAAUAGAAGGAUUGCCAUCAGCCCAGCUGAAGAACGUGCAGUUUAUUUUCCUCCCCCUGGAAAAUGAUGGAAUGUUCGAGAUCUCUGCCAGGUUCAUGGGGGUAGACAUGGAGAGGGUUACAGUUGAUAUCCAGGAUUUAUUAAAGCUGCAGUACGAGGGUGUGUCUGUGACUGAUAUGUUCGGAAAAGCCAAGAUUAACGUGAACCUUCUCCUUCACUUUCUUAAUGCUAAAUUUUAUGGAAAAUAGGUCGACUAGCUGAACGUGGAGAACAGUCCUUAAAAAUGGGAGACUCGUAUUUAUUACCAUAAAAUAUUAACCAACCUUGAUGUAAUUUAAAAGUUGCAGUGUUUAUAGUCUGCAUUAAGAGUUGAACUAUUCUCAGUUGACAGAACUCCUAGUCUGGAAAAUUAUUUGAAAGUUAUAUUAUUUAUAUUCUUCCCUUUCUCCAAACCAGUCCAAUCCAAUAUGUAGUAUCUAUAUUGUUGAAUACAAGUGUAUAAUCGA